AUGCGGCUAGCCCGAGGCUACCUCCCUUUAGCUGAGCAGGAGCUUCCACCCAAGACGCCGCGGCUGAGUCAGAUCGCCUCUUCCUCGUCUCCCCACCCGCUGUCCGCUGUGGGGCUGCUGGAUUCUGCCCGACCGGCUGGAAGCACCGCGGCUGAAACCAUGCUGAAGAAGGCGCUGCCCGCUUUGGAAAUGCCAGCCGCUGCCACCGCCGUCAUCAGCUUCGCCGAGACAGAUGACCUGGCCUCCUCUAGGAUGCGGCUGUAUUUCUUCAUUUCCAAUGAAGGGAAUCAGAAUUUAUUUGUGGUUCAAGCCAGCUUAUGGCUUUACUUGAAGCUGCUUCCAUACGUCUUGGAGAAAGGUAGCCGGCGAAAAGUGAGAGUCAAAGUGUUUUUCCAAGACCCGGACACUAGCAACAAGUGGAAUGUGGUUGAAAAGAAAGUCGAUCUCAAAAGAAGUGGCUGGCACACAUUCCCCAUGACAGAAGCAAUCCAGGCUCUGUUUGAGAAAGGGGAGCGAAGGCUGAACUUGGAUAUUCAGUGUGACGCCUGCGAAGAAUAUUCAGUACUGCCAAUUUACGUGGACCCUGGGGACGAAUCUCACCGGCCCUUUUUAGUCGUGCAAGCCCGCUUGGCUGGCAACCAGCACCGAAUCCGGAAAAGAGGCUUGGACUGUGAUGGCAGGACCAAUUUAUGUUGCAGGCAACAGUUUUUCAUUGACUUUAAACUCAUCGGGUGGAAUGACUGGAUCAUAGCACCGCCGGGUUACUAUGGGAAUUACUGUGAAGGGAGCUGUCCGGCCUAUUUGGCUGGCGUCCCGGGCUCAGCGUCCUCUUUUCACACGGCCGUCGUGAAUCAGUACCGCAUGCGAGGGCUGAACCCAGGGACCGUGAACUCGUGUUGCAUCCCAACCAAACUUAACACAAUGUCCAUGCUGUACUUUGACGAUGAAUACAACAUCGUGAAGAGGGACGUUCCCAAUAUGAUUGUGGAAGAAUGUGGUUGCGCCUGAUGGGGAGGGAGGGUUGUCUGUGA